AGUUAUAAUUAUUAUGUGAGUUUUUCUAUAUGCAAUAGCUUGACCGAAGUGAUCCAAUGAAGUGAAAAUAUUACUAUUAUGUUCAGCUUAAGCAGUCACCAUUUUUGGAGCAGUCCUUAUGUGCAGGCUAAAACUUUCAUGAUAACUAUUGUCUCGUCACAUGAUGGGUAAGGGGACACACUCCUAUUGUUGUUCCAGUGAAACAGUAAAGGACAGAGUGUGGGAAACCAGAAGAAACUCACUCACAGAGCCCCAGUGGGACAACAGAUGCUGACCUCUGUCCUGAGGAGAAACAUGUUGAAAGGAGCCUUUUUCUUCUCCAGGACCAAAGAGAAGGAGGGUCACAGUUCAAGUUGAUUUGCAUUCUUCACCACAUGGGUGUCUGACUAUUGUCCAGAGGGAUUUGGCACACUUCAGGAAACAGCUGCCUUGACCUUCUCCUGCAUUUCAGAACAUGAGAUUUGGAGCAUGUGAAAACAUGAAAGUUUCAUGAUGGGCAAAUUUCAGACUUUGUCCAAAUGUAAACUGAAAUAGAGGAUCAUGAAUUGUAUAUUAUUACAGAAAGAAAAUAUAUUCCACUUUUGAAAUUUGAGUAAAUUUUGAGGCAACCAAUCAUGUUGUUUCCCUCCAGAUGGUUGGUGACGUCAGACUCUGUCUCUGUUGGAGCACACGACCACCGACCAUCACAAAAGCUCCUUUCAAAGUCCUUUGUAGUGCACUGACCACAUCAUUCAGCACUGAGUGUGGGAAAGUGAGGGCAACUAUCUGCUCACACCAACCACAAACUGAAAGGCAAAAAACACACCUGCUACAUCUGGACAUCAGAAAAACUGAGAUAAAUCCAUUCUAUAUAUUAAAAUGAAACAGUACUGUUCAUUAUUAUCACUGAUAUUGUUUUCUAGUGUCCUUCAGCACUUGGGAAAUGAAUUUGGUCACUUUGCCACAUGAGUUGAACCUUAUGUGAGAAGGAAAAGAUCAGAUCUGACAUUAAAUGAUUUUUUUUCCAUAGAAAUACCCACAGACCAUCUGAUGUCUGAUUGGGUUUGUGUGAGAACCAGUAAUGUUACUUUCAGGAUAAUCAAUGACACUAAGUGGGUGUCAGGUGAGAAAUGAAAAGUUAUCUUAAUCAGAGAAACAGUUUGAUUUGAAAAGCGUGUGCCGAGUCAAAGUCCCUGAUCUCAGCAUCAGGUAGCAGAUUAAUCCUCUCUGCAGGGUCACCACUUUCCCAGAUUCACACAGAGCUUUCUGAGUCUUUUACGCUGACACACCCACCCACCCAAGAGUGCUCCAUCUGUUCCCUUGGGAUGUAUCAAUUGUCCCCUACUAAUAUGACCACUGAGCAUGUGGUGGGCAAGAUUUCUUUCCUCUAAUGGACAGCUCUCUGAUUGGUCAAAACUGUGAGAAACUCCAGUCAGACCAAGACCCACACAUUCAUAUGGAGAUGUGGGAGUAUAAAUAGGAGGGAUGAAGGCAGCAGAGAUCAGAGUCUCUCUACAGAGACCUCUACAGCACAGAGAUCCAGCCAUGGCACCUACACUCACUCCAGUAAUGACUAAUUCUCAGGAUCAUGUGACUUUGACUCAUAAGCUCACAAAGCCUCUGGUGGAGAAGAUCCGCAGAGAGAGAAUCAACAGCAGUAUUGAACAGCUCAAGUCUCUCCUGGGUCCAAAGUUCCUCAAACAGCAGCCAGACUCCAAACUGGAGAAGGCAGACAUCCUGGAGAUGACCGUUAGCAUCCUGACUAGACUGCAGCAGCAGCGUCAGGCCGCAGACUCAGCAGUUCUUGACAAGGGCUAUUCCAGAUGUGCCCAAGAGAUGGUGAACUUCCUGUCAAAGGUGGAGGUGAAGACUCAGUCCCAGAGAAACCUGCUGAACCACAUCAACCAGCUGCACACUUCCUCUGAUAAAAGCCUGAGUGAGGCUGACUUCUCUCCUCUGAGCUACACAGUCCAGACCAGCAUCACCAAAGACAACACAGUCACCAGCUCCCUCUGGAGGCCGUGGUAGAAACCUACAGACUUCAAUCAGCCUUACUAACUUCAAUGAUCAUAUUGGUUAAAGAAUUCAGAGCAGAGUUCUUCUGAAAUUCAGAGAUUUUUAAGAUUUUUCCUCUUGUUCAUACAGAACAGUUUACUUUGUUUUGUUUUUAGUGGAAGAUUUUUUUCCUGAGGAAAUCAAAGAAACAACAUAUUUUGUUUUUUGAAACAAAAUAUCUUGUCAUGCACAUUGCAUGAAUGAAAUCUGAUUGCAUCUGCAAUUAUUAAUAAUACCUACUCUUCAGGUACUGAUGAUGUUAUAUUAACAUUUGUUAUCUUUAGUUUGUUAUUGACCCAAACAAUAACUUUUGACUAAAGACAGAAAGCAUCAUGUCAACAUGAAAGACCAUGUUGGUUAAAGAUUACAGAAUUCUGCUUCAGAAAACUUUCUUCUGUAUGUACAGAUGUUUUCUUAACCUGUUAUUCUGCUUUUUCAUGUAAAAAAAAACUACAAAAAAUAAUUCCUAUGGGAAUGACACAAUGUCAGAUUAUUUUUCAUUUUUAGAAUCAUUAGUGUAUCAAUUAAAUGCAGUUAAGUUGAUAAAUACACUGUAUAGACAGUGGAUUGACUUAUUUGGAUCACUUUGUGAUUGUUUUAAGAUGAUGCCCUUUGGAGCAUGUUUUAUGAAAGUCUGAUAUGAAGAUUCAUGUCAUGCUGUUGGUGUCUUUUGUAAAGAUGACUGAUCCUCCACUCAUUUUGAGUACAGUGUCUGUUGUUACCAGGCUGUUGUGAUGUAUCAUCACCUCUAUCUACCUCCAGUUGGAGACUUUAUAAAAUGUUAAUACUGAGUGUGUCUUAAUAAAGGAAUAUUGUGAUCAUA